AUGGUGUUGGCCGAAACCGCCGCCGAGGGAAUCCGAAAAGAGGAAGGCUGGGAACCUGUUGCAAAGGGUACCAAUAAUGGUUUGGUCCCAACAUCCAAGGCCCCGGGGUGGAUGGAGCUCCACCAGGCAGCCAGGAAUGGGGACGUGCGGCUGGUAAAACAGCUGUUGAAGCGAGGGGCAUCUAUGAACAGCAGAGACGAAAACGGCUGGGCUCUCCUGCAUGCCGCCUCUUUGCAUAGCUACCUCCCCUUGGUGAAGUUACUCCUCCAGCGUGGAGCAGCGGUCGACUCCGACAACAUGGCCGGUUACACACCUCUCCAUCACGCUGCCUGGGGAGGCCACACCCAAGUCGCCGAGCUCCUCUUGGCUCGGGGGGCUCCGGUGGCGGGCUUAACCCAGGGGGGCCUUACCCCGUUUCACUGUGCGGCCGCCAACGGCCACACCUUGGUGAUACAACUGCUGCUACGGCACGGGGCAGAUCCCGACGCUUGCGACUACGACCAGUGGAAUUCCUUGCACUGGGCCACAGCUGGCGGCCAGCUUCACAUCAUGAAUGGGUUGAUUUCCCAAGGGGUGAACCCCAAUUUCCAAGGCCAGGGUGGCAUCGCGCCAUUGCACAUAGCUGCCCAGAUUGGGAGAGUCGAUACGAUGCGUCUCUUGCUCGCCAAAGGGGCCAGCGUGGACCUCCAAGACGACGGCGGAAGGACGGCGCUGUCUCUCGCUUCUAAAAACAGCCAUCACGAGAUUGUGAAGCUGUUGCUCCAGAACCAAGCGGAUCAGAACCUAGCGGACUCCCAUGGCUGCACCCCGCUCCACAAAGCCGCAGCCACUGGGUGCCUUCUGUCUGUCCGCCUUUUGCUCCAUCAAAGUUCCCCGGUCAGCGUUACUCAAAGAGAUGACCUCCUGCUCACGCCACUUCACCGUGCGGUCCUCGGUGGUCACACCGAUGUAGUCCGUUGUCUCUUGGAUCACGGCGCGGACGUUAACGUGGCCGGGUGGCUGGGCAAAACCGCUUUGCAUUUGGCGGCGGAGAAAAAAUUAUUUCCCCUGAUGGAACUUUUGGUAGCAAAGGGCGCAGACCUUAGCCGGAAGACUUGGUGGAAGGAGACUGCUGAAGACUUGGCAUUGGUGAAGCCCGAACCCAGAACUUUCUCUAGCUGUGCUCCUCCUGGGUGUCACCAAACAUGUAGAUAG